AUGGUCUCACAUCAUGACUCUUCAAGUGUUGUUGAUGCUACAAGAGCAAGACUUUAUUCACUCCUGAAUGCUGCAGAUGAAGAACUUCAGCUUGAUUCUCGGAUUGUUUUCAGAAACAAGCAACUGAUGCUUCGUUUAUCUACUUACAAGGACCGUUGCUGGCCACUUAAACCUUGCCAACUAUCUCCUUUAAUCUGUGCUUCUCAUGGCUGGUUUAAUGAUUCGCUCAAUACUCUUUUAUGCACCGACUGUGGUGCUCUUGUGGUCUGUAAUGUCAGAUUAGGAUCUACUUCAGACACUAUAGUACAGAAAUAUGUGGGCUUGUUGCAGUCAACUCACAAGGAUAGUUGUACAUGGAGGAUAUAUGCUAUUCCUGAACAUGAAUACAGAUUUCCUUUGAUAGGCUACACGCAAACUCUUUUUGCCUUUUAUAAACGACGGGACUCGCUGGUUGGAGUUGUUGCAGAUCUGGCAAUCACUCUGCAGUCGGUAGAUGUCCAAGAAAACAUUGAAAGUGUAUUACAUGACAUAGCUCAACUCAACAAUGAUUCGACUACAGAUUGCUUGCAACAUCGCAAACACUCUCAGUUUCCAUCAUCCUGCACUGCAUUUCAGAUGGCUUUAUUCGGGUGGGAAUACGUUGCUUCUAAAUCUGAAAAACCAGCAACUGGGAUCAAUACUGUUCAAUGUGCUAUUUGCCUUCGUGAAUGUGGUGUCUGGCAGUUUGCUAAUACAUUAAAUUCUCAGCCGAGUCGAUCCCCAUUUGACGUAAUCAUGGAACAUCGUUGGUUUUGUCCUUGGAUCACUGCUGCUGGUAGUCAACAGAAACCAGGAUGGAAAAUUACUGUGGAUAAAAUCACCUCAAGACUACCUAGAUGA